AUGGAAGUGGUGCGGCGGGUGGUUCCGAAGGUGUUGGAAAAGGGCGUCGUAAUGAGUCGGAGGGAGAUGAGCUCAGGUUCGGGUUGGUUGGCGGGAAAGUUGGCGAAAAUAGUGAAAGCCGGAGAGGCUGUUCUGCACUCGCGAGCCGAAGAAGUUGAGGCCAUUGAAAUCAAGUCAGAGAGAGUGCAGAAGAUCAUCGACGACAUGGUCCGCGUUAUGAGAAAAGCACCUGGAGUUGGCCUCGCUGCCCCACAGAUUGGAAUCCCCUUAAGGAUUAUUGUUUUGGAAGACAAAAUCCAAUAUAUGGCUUAUUUUUCAAACCAAGAGCUCAAGGCACAAGAUAGAACACCUUUUGAUCUUUUGGUCAUCCUCAAUCCCAAGCUAAAGAACACCACCACCAGGACUGCCCUAUUCUUUGAAGGCUGCUUGAGUGUUCCUGGAUAUAGUGCUGUGGUAGAGCGGUACCUUGAUGUUGAGGUUGCAGGUUUUGAUCGUUACGAUGGUACCUAG